ACUUCCUUUUCUCUUUCCCUUGCCGAUUUCUCCGAUUCGUCGGUAUCUUAAACGUGUGGGAAUUUUUUGUUUGUAUUUAUGUUUGUUUGAAAUUUCUCUAAUUUUAGCUGCUGCAAAGAUAAGGCGAUGACUGCAAACGGGCCACUGAUGUAUCACGUUAGACCCUUAUAUGACUUCACGUCUAAUAUUGUUCUUCCUACUUGUAUGUAUAAGAUGAAUAAUUUACAUGACAGUAAAUUUUCCACUGAAUUUUCACACGAGGUUAGCUCAAAGAGCUUGGAUUUAGCUGAAUUAGAAAAAUCUCAACUAAACAUUAUACAUAAACUAGAAGAUCUCAAAGAAAAAGUGUUAAAAUUAAAAGCAGAAUUUGGUGUUACCAGUGAUAAUAAUCUUGGGAAGUUUCAAGAUAUUGUUGUGAAGGCAAAUCCUAAAUCUCCUCCUUUGAGUAUUUGGGUUUUAUAUCAUUUGAUUGCCCAGUCAACACCAACACGACUUGUGACAUACAAGCAUUCUUCUCUUAAUGCCAUUCCAGAAGAAAUUAGACAGUUACAAAAUUCUUCAUCAUCAGAAUCUUGUAACCUUUCUUUGACAGUUAUUUGGCGAGAUGGAGAUAGGGAUCAUGAGAUGAUGAUUGAUCCUAUUCAUCAAGGUAUGAUUGAAGGUGAAGUUAAUAUUGUCAGGUAUCUAUCUAGAUUGCUAUCUCUCAUUGAUGAAUCCGAUUCAGUUCUGUCAACCCAGUUUGAUAACUGGCUAGAGGUAGUGCAUUCGUCAAUUAUUCAUGGUAAUAAUAAAGAUAGGCAAGGAGCUUUGAAGUCUCUAAAUUCUCACCUUGGAAAGAGUGCAUUUCUUCUGGGUGACAGCUAUACAAUUGCUGAUAUUGUGAUGUGGAGUGCUCUUACUCAAACCAAGUUGCAUCAAAGUCUACCAGCCAAUGUUGCAAAGUGGUUGAAAUCACUUUUAAAUGUUGACAUAUUUCAGAAGUGCAAUGAUAUUAUUUUACUGUAAUAAUUUCCUGAUCUCAAAAAUAAAAAGCAUUUGUAAUUUU